UUACAGUUGCACAAAAAAGGCAGCAGCAAAGCCUGGGCGUCGAGACCCUUCGGAUUCGGAUCCUCUUCGUCGUCGUCGUCGUCUGCCGCCGUACCUCUCUUGACCGCUGCUUCCGCCGGCGGCCGGAGAUGGAUGAGAGGGCCGCCGGGAGCCCAAAGUCGACGCAGGAGCUGGCCGUGGAAGGCCAGAAGCACCUCGAGGACACCAUCGAGUCCGCCUUCCACAUCCUCUCCUCCAUGAACGACGAGCUCUGCAACCCUGCCCUCUGGUCCUCCUCCGCCCCCUCCUCCGCCGCCGCCGCCGCUCCCUCCGCCGCGCCCGCCUCCAACGGGCCCCUCCUCCUCAACGGCGACUCCUCCUCCGACUCCUCCCACCACUUGGACUUCGCCGGCCCCGGCGGCGGCGGCGGCGGCGGCGGCGGAGCCCUCGACGAGGCUCGCCUCCGCUACAAGAGCUCCGUCGCCUCCCUCCGCGCCGUCCUCACCGCCAUCCCCUCCUCUCACAAGGCUAAAUCAUUUGAUCCUGGUGCUUCUAUAAGCAGUUCAAUACCGUUUGUGGACCAAGUUGAAGUGGAGAGGUUAGAAGAACAAGCCUCGAAUCUAAAAAAGGAGCUGGUUGAGAAGAACAAGCACCUGAAGCUUCUCAUAGAUCAGCUACGAGAACUUAUUGCCGAUAUUUCUACUUGGCAAAGUCCAUGUUCUGUUUAAUGCUGACUGACCCCAGUCCGACCUGAGAGGAGUAGUGACGACCUCAAUAAGUUCCAAUGAAAGUGUCCCGUGGAAGAUGUUUCCCCUUUUAGAUCAUGUUCUCUUAGUGCAACAGUUUCUUUUUAUCCAUAGGUUCAACCAUUCUUUGUUUUGCCAUGUACAGCCUUCGAGGCUUUCUCGUUAGAUGCUUAGUAGUUGUGGGGAUGCUGACUUUUAUUAGUCUUGAUAUUUUUAUCCAGAGAAUAUUCUUCUUUGCCAAGAGA